AUGAAGUCGAGCGAGCUCGAGGCCAUGAGCGUCGAGGAGCGCGUCUCGUGCUUCUACUGCGCGUUCGGCGUCGACUUUAUUGGCGCCAACGUGGCGCUCUCCGAGGCCUUGAUCGCGCCCGAGGCCGUGCCCACGUAUUUGCAGUACCUCGAGGGCCCGAACCGCGACGCGUGGCUUCUCACCGAGUCGGUUUUGAUCCCGUUCGCCCAAGGCAAGGCCAUGAAGGACGAGCAGCAGCGGCUUCUUGUCAACUUUGAGGUCGCACGCCGCAACUGUGACGUCCUUAGUGCGGCGGGCGCGAUUCCGAUCUUUGCGCAGCACCUGGCGCGGGCGAUGCUGAACCUCAAGGGCCUCAACUUUCAGUACAUGGACAUUGACCAAAUCGAGCGCCUCUUUGGCCAGCUCAACCGCGCGCUCACGAUGCUGUACCUCACGAUCGUGCUCAGCCCCGACUCGGUCUGCUUAGAGCGAUCGCUCUUUGAGCUGGGCGUGUGCCAGCCCAAGCAGGUGCUCUUCGACAUCUUUGACUGUUUGCAAGCGCACUACGCCGUUGCAGGCUUCCCCCUGAAGCGCAUCAUGCUGCUCCUCUACGCGUGGAUCACGCCGCUCGAAAUCCCGACCAAGCUCCAGUGCAAGAGCAUCAAGCGACUGGUGGUGGUCCCGAUUGCCGAGCCGGUCUCGGACCCUCUCUAUGUGGCCAAGGUCAAGGCGCAGAACCAGCGCGAUAGCAUCUACGCGUCGUACAUCCACAAGCCGCAUCAUGAUAUUGCGCCGGCGACCUCGACGACCGACGACCCGACGUUCGACCAAGAGUGGGGCCACCGCGUCGAGCUCGUGUAUCGAACGCUGCUGUUGCCCAACGCCAAGGAGAUCAUGAGCGUCUUCGCCUCCGUUUUGGCCGCGGGCACGAACCCGGACAAGCGCCAUGUGUUUGGGAAGCGCGGGUCGGCGGACGCGUCCUCGUAUGAGAAUAAUUCGCAGACGAACGUGUCGCCGGAAGAGCAGGCGUACCUCACCUACAUGCUGCGCGAGAAGGCCAUCCUCAUGGACGCCACGUCACUCACGCUCUUGACGCUGCUCAAGCACAUUCGAGCGAGCCAUCUGCUCAAGGCCGAGUACCUCGCGUCGCACCUUGUAGACGCCGGCGUGCUCCCGACCAUGACGAAAUUCCUCAACCGCGACUUUGCGACGUACGUGCAAGUGCCGCGUCGAGAAGCUCCCGAGUCGCAACAAAAGCUCACGGUCGUCGUGGCAAUGGACGACGCUUCGAGUGUUGCCGAGUACGCCCGGCAGCAACUUCGCUGCGUCGCGUCGGUCCUUCGGCUCGUGCAGCGCCUCACGAAGCGCAAGCCGAGCUUGAUCAAAUCGACCUUGUGCCGGUCGCAGUCGCUCGUGUGGCUCAAGCGCGUCUUGAACCUCAAGGAGCCCAUGACGCGCCUCUAUGCGCUCAAGCUCGUCAAGUCCCAAGCGCGGUACCUCGGCCACCAGUGGGUGCGCAAGUUUACGUGCGUGCAUUUGCUCACGGAAGUCUACUUGUACGUGCGGCCCGAGCUCGAGGACGACUGGCUGCGCAGCGAAGACGACGACACGAGCGUCACGUCGGCGCCCAAGCCCGUCGAGACCCUUCUCGCCGGCGAAGUCCAGGCCUACCACCACAAGCACUACUGGGACCGCCUCAAGACGUCGCCAUCGGCCUCCAACGUGAGCAUCGUCGUGCAAGGCAUGCAGGACCUCGAAGCGGAUGUGCUGGACGUCGAAGGCGGCAGUUGCCGCAAGCUCUUUGCCGAGCUCAAGCUCGACACAGGCACGUGCCAGCAGUACGAAAAGUGGCUCGACAUUCAAGGGCUCAUGGCCGACGCCGACGCGCCACUGCCGAUCGCGUUUGGUUAA